AUCCAGCUCAUGCCAGCAUGGAAAAUGGGCAUUUAUUGAUGAUGAUGGUGAUAUAUCAUGGUAUUGUCUAUAGGAAGGAUUAGGCCCCUGAUACGUCCUGCAUUAUGACAACGUCGCUUCAUCGUCUGCAUGACUGGCCCAUACGACAUACCUUGCCAACUGACACUACUUGCUGUGUCUGUCCACUAUUUAUUAGUAGUGGACUUGCCCACUUCUAACUUGGGGUUGUUCACCACAACACCUUCCCCCUUUGAGAUUUUUUUUUCUUUCACAACAAAAUUAUUUUUUUCUUCAGAAUGCUGCAGGUAGUACUAGUCUACAUUGUUUACCGGUAGCGCUACUAACACAUAACGACCUGACUUAAAUCCUUCACAUGGACUUAUUAUUUUUUCUUCCACGCAGAAUUAUUUUCUUUUCAGAAUGCCGCAGAUAGUACCAGUCUACAUUGUUUACCAGUAGCACUACUAACACAUAGCAACCUGACAGAAAUCCUACAAACGGGUUUAUAUUAUUUUUCACUGUGUAUAGUCCAGAUCUGUGUAAGAGUUCCAGUUUUAUCAGACAUUUUCUUCUUCAGAAUCAUUUUUCAAAAGAAUUUAUAUAUUUUUCACUGUGUGUAGUUCAGUUUUGUUUUAGUCUUAUCUGCCACUGCAUGUAGUUCGACUCCUCAUCGCCGCUGAUGUGUCCCAUAUUAUGACGAUGUAACUUCGUCAUCUGCAUGACUGGCCAUAUGGCAUACCUUGCUGAUUGACACUACUUGCUGUGUCUGUCUACUAUUUAUUAGUAGUGGACCAGCCCAAGCCUUGAAGUAAGCUUUAUCACAUAUAAAACUGUAGAAAUGACUAUAAAUCUAAAAGUGACCAUCCUUAAAAUGUUCUGCCAGAAACCAUGGUGAUUGAAGUCAAUGUCUUUGAUAUCAUAUUUCUUGUGAAAUUCUCCAAAAGAAUUUUUUUGUUUACUUUUUAAAUACCAUGAACAGGACAGCUUCUCGACCCCUGCCAGCACCAAAUAAGUUCCAGAUACAGUCGAUAGAAAGGAAAUUGGAAUUCCAAAAGAAUUUCAUGAAAGAACAACAAAAGCAGUUAAAAGAACAGAAACGAUUAAUUGAAGAAUUGCAAAGCAAUCAACGUUGUGAACAGUUGAAGAAUGAAAUCUCAAUGAAAAUGAAGAUUAAUCAAGGAGUUAAUAUUAAUCCAUUGUCAUCAAUUAAAUCUGGAGGUGUAAAACAGCAGAUUCUAAACCAAACAUCAAAACAUUCUUCAGCAGAGAGUUGCUCUCCAGAAUCUCAAGUAGAAUCUCAAACAGACUCACGGGCAGAAUCUCAGACAGACUCAUGGAUUGAAUCCCAAAUGGAAUUUUAUGCAGAAUCUCACAUAGAGUCUAAUACAGAAAUUCAGACAGAAUCUGAAAUAGGCUCUCAAACAGACUCUUGGACAGGAUCUCGAAUAGGAUCUCGAACAGGAUCUCGAAUAGGAUCUCAGACAGAAUCUCGAACAGACUCUCGGACAAAAUCUCAAACAAACUCUCAGACAGACUCUCGAACAGGCUCUCGCACUGAGUCAUAUGAUGAGUCUUGUCCUUCAGCUUCUACCAGAACUUCAUCUCAAAACCGAUCUCAAAGACACGAAACAUUCUUGAGUAAUCUGGAGAAUCGUGCCAUUGAGAGAAAGCGCUUAAAGACGGAAAGGGAAGCUCGGAAGAGAAGAGAAAUGGAAGAAAAAUUGAUGAUGCAGAAAAAAUGUAUAGAGGAACGUAUCAAGGCAGAGAAAGAAGAGAGGAAAGCUCGUGUGAAAGCAAUUGAACAGCAGAAACGUUUAGAGGAACAGAGAAAAGCUGAACAAGAACAGAGAAUGAAAGAGUUGGAAGAAUUAAACUCAAAAGCUGAUGAUUUCUAUAGGUUAUAUUUAUUGAAAAUAUAUGGAGUUUUACCUUGGAAGGAGUUUAUUGCCAAGAUACAUAACACUGAAUCUAAAGCUAUUGAAAUGGACAAAUGUAGAAUUCAGAAAAAAAUUUUAAUGGGCUGGCACAACCAUGUCCAAAAAUUAAUCAGUGUGAAAACCAACUCUGCUGACAUCUUCUAUGAAAAAACCUUAGUCAGGCGUCACUUCAUCUGUUGGAAGAAUCAUAAGAAUUACCAACUUGCCUUAGAGAAGAAAGCGAAAAAGUAUUUUGCAAGCAAUCUCUGCCGUACAGUCUUCACUGCUUGGGUGACUUAUGCAAAUGAACAAACUAUUGCAUCAUGGGAACAAGAAGAACUUGCCCAAAAGUUUUAUCUCACACAUCUACUUCAGAAAAUGCUGAAUUCUUGGAAACUUUUACCUGAUAUUCAAAGAAAGGAACAGGAGCGUCAUCAAAGAAAAAAUGAACUACGCCACAAAGUGGCAAUGCUUCUGCCAGACUUCUAUGCUAGUAUUGACAGUCAAGUGGAAUAACAUGGAGAACUAGUUGUGUGUAUGUGACGGGCAGAUGUAAAAAUAUCAUCAUAUCCACUUAAAAAGGUUUUGUCUUGUACGUUUUCCCAGUCACUGAAAAGUUAUGGAAGAAAUCCAGAAGUAUGAAACAGUGGAUCAUAGUUAUUUGCCUCUGAUCAGGGCUUCUCAGGAGACAUGAUGACAAUGACGAUGAUAGUGAUGCUGACAAAACGGCAAUUAUGAUGAUGGUCAUGACUGCAAUGGCAAUAGUGAUGAUGAUGACAAUGUCAAUGAUAAUGAUGACAGUUGUGAUACUGCAGCUGAUGAUAACAAUGAUGAGGAUACAUGUACACGCAUGUGUACACACAUGCACAAAGCCAUUCAGGAAAGCUGAGUUUGCUUCUUUUUUUUUUGUAAUUUCAUUUGAGAGAAAUAGACAUUGGCUGUAAAUUGGAAUAAAUCUGUUCCAUUUCUUUUUCACCAAUUCCAUAGAAUCAUACAGCACUGUUAAAAUAUACAUACAUAUCUUUAUGUAACCAAAAAUAAAAAAAAAUCAACCAACAGAAAUCAUUGUGAAAGUAUCAACUGAAGAAUUUUCAUUCAAUGGUGGUGCCCCAGCAUGACCAGAGGUCACAGGCUGAAGGUGGUAAAAGAGUAAAAUAAUAAUUCCAGCUUACAGUAAGGAUGGAAAAAAAAUAUUUCCUGACAUUCAAGAAAUAUUUACUUUGUAUGUUCUUAAUUUUAAUACUGAAAUAAACGAAGCAUUAAUUUAUUGAAA